GAGUCUAGUCAGCGUGGAAACGGACGGACAGACGUACAUGGCUAAAAAAAUUAAUGAAAAUUAGUCAGAAAAUAUGAUUAAACUUAACUUCCUUUCUUGCUAUAUGAUAUAGUUUUUAAUUCAAAAUUCAAAACCAAUUAAAUAAUGUUAUUGCCAAGCGUAUAAGUUCCCAUGGGAGCUAUAACAUAUAGUUGUCCGAUCCGGCUGGUUCUGACUUAUAUAUUACCUGCAGUAGGAAGAAGACUUUUGGGAAAGUUUUAAUAUAACUUUAAAACUCAGGGACCAGUUGGCGUAGAAACGGACAGACUGUCCGUCUGUCAGCCAGAGAAAUGGCUAUUAUUAAAUUCCUCAUAUCAACGGAGCUGGACAUAAAUAAAACAAGGAAGAAAGCUAUAGUCGAGUGCCUCGACACCUUUUUUGGAUCAGUUCUUCAAAUGCCUCAGUACUGCAUACCAAUGGAUCUUACUAUUGAGAUUGAUCACCUCGAAAUACCAGAGACGCAGGAUUCUGAUGUCGAGGUUAUUGAAAACUCGGAUCAGGAGGUUGUGGAUGCUUCUGAUACGGAGAAUUCGCUUGAUCGUCUCCUACGAAGAGUAUUUCAAACUGCUGCAGCUUCUACCCAAGAGAGACCCGGAAUUGUCCUCUCUGCGUGGAGCCAGUUCCCAAUGGGGACUGCUACGCAGGCUGCUCUGGAGUCCCUGAUCCUAAGCGAUGAAGGCCAGGAUCAAUUUCAGUGUGGACAGGAAAUUGAAUUGGACGAAUCUAUCCCCACGGAAAUGUUUCCAGCAAAGCCAUAUUUAAAUAUGUUGGAUGAUAAAGAUGACAGCGCUUUACUCGACGUUUUAUUUAGCCUAGAUUAUUAAUUUUAAA